GCACGGCAACUUCCGCUUGUGAACCCCGUCGUUCUCAACUUUUUGGGGAGCUGCACAACUGUGAUUGAGAUCACGCAUUCACUUUUACAAGGACUUGAUAAUCGGACAGGAGAAGAUUGGGGAUUGCAACAAUGUCUCGCACGGCGAAACUUACUCUGGCGGGCACGACGGCCUUCGCUGCUGCUACGAUUGUGUUUGUACAUUAUGGGCAACAAGCUGAGAAAGCUGCAAUGCACGCAGGCGUAGUACGAGACGUGGAGCAACAACGAGUCAAGAAGGAACGCCAGCUCGAUUUCGAUUUGCAAAGGGCGUUGGAAGAGGAAUAUAAGAAGGUGCAAAGUGUACAUGAUGGAGGGACAGUGUUGGAGAAGCCACGGUGAAAUGGCGGCUACGCUCUACAAAUCUCUCCUCUUUAUAGUAUCAUAAACUGUACAAGUACCUCGAGCAUUCCAGGCGUUGGAUGGGAUCAGGUCAUCUUCACUGUGCCGAACGAGCAAGGUUUCAAUACUGCAUUAUGGGAGUCGGGUGCUGAUAGAAUGGUCAUUCUGUCAUUAGCUCAUCUGUAUGAUCUCCCCCGAAAUCUAGAUAUGGUACAUUAGGGUCUCACGCAUCCCAAAUCUCGCUUGUCCCUUUUCUCCGCCGCAAACGAACGCAACCAAAUAUGCAGUCAUCCAUUUUGAGGCAGUCUUGCUCCAUCCCAAACGCCGUGAUAUGCAAAGACCACCACCGCGCAACCCCAUUUCCUGUACAUUCUCACCUCUCCCCUCUCGGUUUUCAGCGAACUGAAAUACCAGAUCUCUGGGUAAACAUUCUAGAU